AGGCAACGGACCUGUGCUACCCUCGCGCUCCUGCCGAUCUCUCAGUUCCGCAACCGCGUCGCGCGAACUGAACCUUCAUAAAUACCAUAUAUAUUUUCCGGUUGCAAUAAGCUUCGCGCUAUAAACUUCACACCGACACCAGCGGAGCCGAUUUGAAAGGAAAAUCAAAAAAAAGUUGUCUGUUUGUCAUGGAGUAUGUACGUGAUCUUUAUCCUGGAAGAUAGAAAAGGUGAUCAGGAUAAAGGGUGGUGUAAUAUGUAACACGUUACAUCUCUGUGACGUAUUACCGAAUCUAACCAAGCAAGAAAUCAACAAAACCGAAAAAUGGGCAAGAAAAAUUCAAAAUUGAAGCAAGAUACCAUCGACAGACUCACUAACGCCACAUACUUUACGGAAAAGGAGAUACGGCUUUGGCACAAAGGAUUUCUAAAAGACUGUCCUAACGGCUUACUAACAGAACAGGGCUUCAUAAAAAUCUACAAGCAGUUCUUCCCUCAAGGUGACCCGAGCAAAUUUGCCUCUCUCGUAUUUCGAGUCUUCGAUGAAAACAACGAUGGGUCAAUAGAGUUUGAAGAAUUCAUACGAGCCCUAUCUGUUACUUCGAGGGGAAAUUUGGACGAAAAAUUACAUUGGGCUUUUCGACUCUAUGACGUGGACAACGACGGAUAUAUUACACGAGACGAGAUGUAUAACAUUGUGGAUGCCAUAUAUCAGAUGGUUGGUCAAACACCCCAACCGGAGGACGAAAACACCCCACAAAAGCGCGUCGACAAGAUCUUUGACCAAAUGGACAAGAAUCACGACGAUAGGCUAACACUGGAGGAGUUUCGUGAGGGCAGUAAGGCCGACCCUCGCAUUGUACAAGCUCUCUCCCUUGGGGGAGAUUAAUCGACAGUCAUUCUCUCGCCGGAUUUCUCCUUUAAUUAAAUACUAACGCCACGUGACGCACUGUUGCAUUCUACUUUGGAUUUCAAAAUGUUAAUGUCCAUUUCUAUGGACUGCCUAGUAUAUUAAACAAAAUAUUUUAAUUAAAAAAACGGUAGGUUUUGUUAAUAUUUAAUCUUGCAAUUUAUAAAAUCUUGUUUAAAUACUUAAAUACUAGUUUUGUGUUUGUGUUUUUCUGUAAACUUGUGCACUAAAUUACCCAACAUAAAAGGGGAAACUUUACGACAUGGUCGUGUAAAAUUACUAAAAUAAGGUAAAACAUCUGACACAAAAAUGUUUCUGUCGUAAAAACAGCCCAGCUUGAUUCAUAAUUUUUAAGCACGCAAAUGUUACCGUCUAGAAACAAUUGUAUAUUUAGGAAUAUAUUUGGUCAUGAAAAUCUAAGGAUUUUUUUAACCGCUGAAUUUAUAGUAUUUAAUACAGACCCUGGCUCAAGCGUUAUAAAUUCAGGAUUAGACUGUCGGAUCCAUGGUAUAUAAAAAUAAAAAAUUGUCACUCAUCACUCCGAAGACUCUCUCUUAUUCUGACGGGUACAGUAGUACUAAAUAAAGUUGAUAAUAAUUAAUAUGAGGCUUAAGAUAACAAUUAAUCACUGAUAACGACAAUGAAAGACUCUUGAAAGAUUAUUAUAAAUGAACAACACAACCUCUCUGUGGAUCAGUCUACCAGAACCAUAGAGUUAAUCGAAAAUCAAUGACUUGUGGAGAACAGAAAGCAUAGUAAUGUUUCCGUUUAUUUUGACAACUUUUAUGUUUUUGUACGUAAUAUUUGGUUUUAUGUAAUUUAAAAAUAACGAAUGCUUAAAUACGACAAAGCUACGGUUAAUAAAACAUAAAAUAUGACUACUGCGCCAGCAAAAGUUUUUCUACUUUUUACGUCAUUAAUAUUUAAAUUAUUUGGCCUUAUUUUUUGGACAUUUAUAAGCAACCUUUCUUGAUCUACAAAAUAAUAGAAGCGAUUAUAAAUGAUCAACUCCAGGAAUAUCUAGAGUGGUCGGUCAGAUGAGUACCUUAUACAUAGAUGUGCAGAGACAAUUGAGUCAAGGAGGAGGCGAUUGCGGUUUGUUUAGUGGCAUAAAGGACUUCUCUGGUAACUUCCAGCCUAUGGCCUCCCCAAACAAUUGCUUGCAUAAUUAUGCAACUAGAACUCCAGCUUCUGGUGGAUCGUUCAUAGUGGCAUGUUCCGUAAACAGCACCGCACUCGCAAGCCUUCAGGCAUUGUGGAUAGCCGUG